AUGGCAAGCUGUUUCUUUCUCCCAUUGAUGGAGAACCACACAUUCAGCAUGGACCUUCUCAAGCUAGAGGGGGUUAAAGUCAUUUAUCAGUCCACCUACCCUGCCUUCAUCCUCCUCCUUAUCAUCUACAUCUUCACAAUGGUGGCCAACAUCGGCCUCACAGUGCUCAUCUGCAUGGAGAGGAGCCUGCACCAGCCCAUGUACAUCCUCCUUUGCAACAUGUCUUUCAACGAUGCUCUCAGUAUCACCACCUUCAUACCUCGAGUGCUGUUCGACAUUUUAACACCUAGAUCAGACAGAUAUAUUACCUACAAUGAGUGUUUCACCCAAGCAUUCUUGGGUCACUGGUUUGGUUCAAACUUCCAUACGAUACUGACGAUCAUGGCUUUUGACAGGUAUGUGGCCAUCUGUAAUCCUCUGCGAUACGCCACCAUCAUGAACAACAAAAUGCUGGUUAAGCUGUGUGUGUUUGCCUGGGUGGUGUCCCUUGUCUUUGUGGCUGUCCUCCUGGGCCUCACCCUCCGCUUGUCACGCUGCAGGUCGGAAAUCACCAACCCUUGGUGUGACAAUGCCUCAUUAUUCAAGCUCUCCUGUGAGAGUGUGCUUAUAAAUAACAUUUAUGGACUAUUUUUCACCAGUAUCUUCUUCAUCACCUCCAUGGGGAGUGUGGCUCUGACAUACAUUAGAAUCGCCAUGGUGUGUGUGAGGAGUAAGAGCAAGUCGCUGAACAGCAAAGCUCUGCACACCUGUUUCACACACCUGGCUGUAUACCUCAUUAUGCUGAUGACAGGUUUCAUCAUUGUCUUUCUUCAUCGGUACCCACAGUGGUCAGACCACAGGAAACUUGCAUCAAUUAUGUUUUAUGUGGUUCCUCCUGCACUGAACCCCAUUAUCUAUGGGCUGCAGUCCAAAGACAUUCGCAAACUAGUUGUAAAUAUCUCCCAUUGCAAGAAAGUUUCUCCAUUAGUUUAA